GGGAACCAAACACCCCUGCAGUCAGCUAGUCGCCAAACGGUCUGCUCCACUGUUCCGGCCACCGAGCAAGGCACCACCCCUUCCCUCUGUCUCCCAUGGUUCGCGGGCGCUCGGCCAUGCCUCCAACCCCAGCUCCGCGCGUCGCGGCGCGGCCACCGGACCUAUUAGUACGGAACACCCAUGUCCGCCGCUUGCUUUCCUCUCUCUGCCCCCUGUCGCCCCCCCUACCGACGAGACGAUCGACGCGGACUACUUCCCCUCUCAUCGCCAUGGCCCGUGGGACCUGUUCUUGCCUACCCCGGCAUUUGCUGCUCCUAGUUCGGCUCCUGAAGCUUUGACGACUCCCGGAUAUCUGAACAGGAUAUUUUUCAUACAUUCCAAUAACCCCUUAAUUACCCGGAGGUGUCAUAUGUAUCAAGACAACACAAAUGUCUCUAGAAGUUGAGAACCCACCAGGAAUAGAGACGACCAAACAGCUCAAGCGACAGGACUCGCUUUAUGGUGAUGCAGAAAAGGUCUCUAGCUUCAAGCAUCAUGGCUCUGAGGGAGGCUGGUCGCGGUUGCUGCAUCUUGCAUUUCAGAGCAUUGGUAUCAUCUAUGGGGACGUUGGGACAUCACCACUCUAUGCGAUAUCCAGCACCUUCCCUGAUGGCAUCAAGAACCACGAUGACCUCCUUGGCGUCCUCUCCCUCAUCCUCUACACCCUCAUCCUGAUACCAAUGGUCAAGUACGUCUUCAUUGUGCUUUAUGCAGAUGACAAUGGAGAUGGUGGCACGUUUGCUCUCUACUCACUUAUAUCACGGCAUGCCAAGGUAAGGCUGAUACCAAACCAGCAGGCUGAGGAUGCUAUGGUGUCAAAUUAUGGCAUUGAAGCACCCAAUUCGCAACUGAGGAGGGCGCAGUGGCUGAAGCAGAAGCUCGAGUCUAGCAAGGCAGCAAAGAUUGGCCUCUUUACCAUUACAAUCCUUGGCACAUCAAUGGUGAUGGGGGAUGGAACCUUGACACCAGCAAUUUCUGUGCUCUCUGCAGUGAGUGGGAUUAGAGAGAAGGUGCCAAGCUUAACUGAAACGCAGGUAGUCUGGAUUUCAGUGCCAAUUUUGUUUGCGCUCUUCUCAGUCCAGCGCUAUGGUACAGACAAGGUUGGGUAUUCCUUUGCUCCGAUCAUCACAGUGUGGUUUUUUCUUAUUGCUGCCAUUGGAAUGUAUAACCUCGUUGUGCAUGAGAUCGGUGUUCUUCGAGCCUUCAAUCCAAUGUACAUAGUAGAUUACUUCAGAAGAAACGGGAAGGAAGGAUGGGUUUCACUGGGUGGUGUUAUCUUGUGUGUCACAGGCACAGAAGGAAUGUAUGCAGACCUAAGCCAUUUCAGUAUCAAGGCCAUUCAGAUCAGCUUUAGCACUGUCUUAUUGCCCUCGGUGGCACUGUGUUACAUCGGGCAGACAGCUUAUCUGAGAAAAUUCCCAGAAAGUGUCGCAGACACUUUCUUUAGAUCAAUCCCAGAGAUAAUGUUCUGGCCAACCUUCAUUAUUGCCAUUCUUUCGGCUAUCAUUGCAAGCCAAGCUAUGCUGUCAGGCGCAUUCGCCAUCCUCUCCAAGGCUUUAUCCCUUGGCUGUUUCCCCAGUGUUCAAGUGGUUCAUACCUCAAAGAGCUAUGCGGGCCAGGUUUACAUUCCUGAAGUGAACUUUUUGAUGGGAUUAGCAAGCAUCAUAGUCACGAUAACCUUCAGAACCACCACCGAAAUUGGCAAUGCUUAUGGGAUCUGUGUUGUGACUGUGUUCUCAAUCACCACCCACUUGACGACUAUUGUGAUGUUACUCGUAUGGAGGAAAAGGUUUAUCUUCAUCUUGCUUUUCUAUGUGGUGUUCAGCUCCAUAGAGCUGAUUUACCUCUCAUCCAUACUGACGAAGUUCAUCCAAGGUGGGUACCUGCCAUUCUGCUUCUCACUUGUCCUCAUGGCCUUAAUGAUAACAUGGCACUACGUCCACGUCAUGAAGUACUGGUAUGAGCUGGACCAUAUCGUGCCAGCUGAUGAAGUGACAGCACUGCUUGAGAAGCAUGAAGUGCGGCGGAUCCCCGGGGUGGGCCUCCUUUACUCAGACCUGGUUCAAGGCAUUCCCCCUGUAUUUCCACGUCUAGUGCAGAGGAUACCCUCUGUGCACUCGGUCUUCCUGUUCAUGUCGAUCAAGCACCUGCCUAUCCCACAUGUGGCUCCUGUGGAGCGGUUCCUCUUUCGGCAAGUCGGCCCAAGGGAGCACCGCAUGUUCCGGUGUGUGGCGAGGUAUGGGUACAGUGACAUGCUAGAAGAGUCGGUGUUGUUCAAAGGGUUCCUCACGGAGAGGCUAAAAAUGUUCAUCCAGGAAGAGGCUGUGUUUGCGACGAACUCUACAGCCGGGGAUACCCAGACAAGUCCCAAUGAGGAUGGGAACAUCAGCUCUGAUUUGGAUCUUUGGGUCAAAAAGGAAAAGCAAAUGAUUGACACGGAGAUGGAGCGAGGGGUGGUCUACCUUAUGGGCGAAGCCAAUGUCAUAGCAGGACCAAAUUCAUCUGCCGCAAAAAAGAUAGUCGUAGACCAUGUCUAUACAUUCUUGAGAAAGAACUUGACGGAAGGGGAGAAAGUGCUCUCCAUUCCAAAAGACCAACUACUCAAAGUAGGGAUAACAUACGAGAUAUAGGGAUUAUAUAUGUUGGGUAGGUGAGCCUAAAUAAACCAUUCUUGUUCAUAUGCUGACCUGAAUAAGAUAGUGGAGUGCAAUUACUAAUUAGCGGCUAUCCAAGCAAUAGAGAACUUUACAGGAAGGUUUUCUUUUAGUUUUGUAGGCACGAUGUUGUCAAUGUUAAAGCAUAUCACGACUAGGAUUGAGUUAGUUGAGAUUAUGAUCCUGUGUAGCCUCAAGUCAUGUAAACUUUAUAUAUAUUGAGAGGCCCAACACGUAAAUCAUUCAAUUCCAUUCCUUCCACAUGGUA